GUUGUAAAGCUGCUCUCGAUGUUUUUGCUCGGUUUGCCGACCAAUGAAGGGCCGGCUUUCAAACGUCGGGUUUGCACGGCUGAAAAGUAGCUGAAGCUGGGUAUAAUUGGGGCUUCCAUAAGUACACGGAGCUCUCCGGUGUAAUGAAAGUGGCUACUGUGUCACAUCGAGUGUAAAAAUGUGUGUGAAACUGUGCUGGGAAUAGAUGGUGCUGGUACUGAAUGAAUUGCCCGUCAUUGCACCGCAACCACAAACAUCCCAGGCACAUCUGGUACCGGGAGCGCUGCACACCCCACGACUGACUGAAAUAGCACAGUGCUGUUAAAUACUGUGGACCAGAACAGCAACUCCACAGCCUUUUGUGUGUGUUGUAUCUUGGCUGAAUGCAUGGCUGGCAUGUUCUUGAAGCACACUGAAAGCCCAUCUCUUAAUGGUGAAUACAUGCAGAUGAUUAUCAGAAUUGUGUAGAAUUUGCCUUUUACCUGAGAACUUCCAGAACUGCUCAUCAUGGAGAAGCAGCAGAUUGUGUUGGCCAGCCGGGAUGGUGGGACAGUGUCUGGUGCAGCACCUGCCUUUUUUGUUAUCUUGAAACAACAGCAGGGAAACGGCAAAGCUGAUCAAGGAAUCCUAGUGGCCAACCAUGACGCUUGUGCUCUGGCCAGUAGCGUAUUAAUGCCAGUAAAACCCAAAAUCAAGACCUGCCUCCCAGCUGACUGUGUCUCAGGGGGCAUCACCGUCACCCUAGACAACAACAGUAUGUGGAAUGAGUUCUACCAUCGCAACACAGAGAUGAUUCUGACCAAGCAGGGGAGGCGCAUGUUCCCAUACUGCCGAUACUGGAUUACAGGUCUGGAUGCCAGCCAGAAGUACAUCCUGGUCAUGGACAUCUCCCCCGUGGACAAUCACCGAUACAAAUGGAACGGCCGCUGGUGGGAGCCCAGUGGGAAGGCAGAGCCCCAUGUUCUCGGACGAGUGUUCAUUCAUCCGGAGUCACCUUCCACUGGGCAGUACUGGAUGCACCAGCCGGUAUCUUUCUACAAACUCAAGCUUACCAACAAUACCCUGGACCAGGAGGGUCAUAUCAUCUUACAUUCUAUGCACCGCUAUCUGCCACGGCUUCACUUGGUUCCUGCAGACAAAGCCACAGAAGUCAUUCAGCUCAAUGGCCCAGAUGUCCAUACGUUUACCUUUCCACAGACAGAGUUCUUUGCAGUUACAGCCUACCAGAAUAUUCAGAUUACCCAGCUGAAAAUAGAUUACAAUCCUUUUGCUAAGGGAUUCAGAGAUGAUGGCUUGAAUAGUCGACCUCAGCGCGAUGUGAAACAAAACAAUAACUUUGAACUGGAAGAAAGUAAUGUUUUUAGCUCUGCCAGCAUUCGUAGUUGCCCUGCUGAAGUUGACACGUUAGAAUUACAUCAGAGAAUAGAUUCUUCAUUCAUUGGGCAGAACUCAUCAGAUGUGAAUCCAGAGAAAGAAUCCUUUAAUACGGAACAAGACUUUGUAGGUUUCCUGGACACUGGGCUGCCUUCCGCUGAUAUGCCAAAGCUGAAACAAGAAGUCACUGAGAGCCCCAAUGCUAGCAGUUAUGAGAGCAGCUCCCAAGUGGAAUCGCCAUUGGACCCCAAUGGACAGUUCAAUGUAGUCGUUAAAGAGGAACCUGCCGAUGAUUAUGACUAUGAGGCAAAUAUUUGCACAGAAGGAGUAAGCGUGAAGCAGGAAGAUACAGAUGAAGAAACCGAUGAGUAUUCUAACACUGAUGAUGAUGAUGAUGGUCCUGUCCUACAAAAAUGCCUGAGGAGAUACAGUGAAGCAGAUAGAAAUGAUGGAGACUUCAAGCCUAGGAAGCGUGUACUAUCCAGUCCUUCAGGUGUUGCCAAGGCAAAAAUGUUAAAGUUGGACAGUGGGAAGAUGCCUGUGGUCUAUUUGGAACCUUGUGCGGUUACAAAGAGUACGGUGAAGAUAUCUGAGCUACCACAGACCAUGCUGUCCUCUUGCAAGAAAGACAAAUCCUCUUUGAAUGCAGUACUGGAUUCUUUGCCUGUCUGCUUUGAAAAUCACAAAGGUUCUUACUCAGACACAGCCUCUAUUACUGAGGAGAUAGCUAUGAAAAAAAUGCCUCCUGGAAAUAAACUGGCACAGAAAUAUUCCUCAAUUAAAGAGGCCCAAUGGAUUCUAUCUAAAUCGCCUAAUUUUAAUCUUAGGAGCUCCGUUAGUCAGGUUUCAGACAAAGAGAUUUGUGGAAGAAGAAAAACUGGAGUACUGAAGAAUUCUGCGUCCCUGAAAGGCUCUGGUAGCAGUCAGAACUCGCUAUCAUCAGGUACCACUAAAAGAGGAAGGCCGCGGAAACUGAAAAUGAAGGCUGGUCGGCCACCUAAAGGUCUAGGGAAACCUGUAAUAACAAGCAAGAACAGCCCUGUGGGGCCUGGGAGUAUCCUUCCAGAUGUUAAGCCAGACCUUGAAGAUGUUGAUGGCGUCCUUUUUGUGUCCUUUGCAUCAAAGGAAGCUCUUGACAUUCACACUGUUGAUAGAGCUGGAGGAGAAGAAUCACAGAAUCUUCAGGCUCCCUUGUUGACUACAAAUGAUCCAGAUUGUCAGGCGAGAAUACAGGUUCUGGAAAAGGAGUUGAUGGAAGAGCUGAAAACAUUAAGGCAUAAGCAAGUAAUACAUCCUAGUCUGCAGGAAGUGGGAUUGAAGUUAAAUUCUGUGGAUCCAACAAUGAGCAUUGACUUGAAAUACUUGGGUGUGCAGCUUCCCCUUUCCUACUCAAAUUAUUCUUUGUGGAGCUAUCCAGGAACAAACCCCAAUUCUCCAGAUACUGGAUUUCCUUUUGUUUCAAGAACAGGAAAGACAAAUGAUUUCAGGAAGAUCAAAGGCUGGCGGGGGAAGCUUCAUGGUGCUUCUAGAAAUGAAGGUGGAGGUUCAGAAGGUUCCUUGAAGAAUCGCUCAGCAUUCUGCAGUGACAAGCUGGAUGAGUACCUGGAAAAUGAAGGGAAGCUGAUGGAAACGAGUAUGGGAUUCUCUUCUAGCACGCCCACUUCCCCUGUGGUCUAUCAGCUUCCCACCAAGAGCACUAGCUACGUGCGAACACUAGACAGUGUUUUGAAGAAACAAUCUACCGUAAUUCCAUCCACAUCUCACACCUUCAAGCCUGCUUCUCUGUCAUCUACCUCUAGGAAGACAAGGACUCAAAACAGACAAACAUCUUCAAACAGCAGAGGGAGAUCAUCCUACAAGCCUAUACUGCCUUCACCUUUUCCUGCCAAGCAGAAACAGAACCUUUCAGCAUCAGUGGAAAAGGCUGCUAAGUCUCUCUCAAGUAGCAGUUCGAGUAACCAAGCAGAUGGUCUCCUGAUACCAAAUCUGGAUGAAAGCGUACUGCCAAAACAAAUAAGUUUGCGCCAUGUGCCACAACAGCAACAAGCAUCUCGUCCGCCAGGUUUGUCUAAAUCUCAAGUGAAGCUAAUGGACUUGGAAGACUGUGCUCUCUGGGAUGGCAAACCACGAACCUACAUUACAGAAGAACGAGCAGAUAUCUCUCUGGCUACCCUGCUUACGGCUCAGGCUUCUCUCAAAACCAAACCUAUCCAUAAAAUGAUACGACGACGAGCACCUCCUUGCAAUAAUGAUUUCUGUCGACUUGGUUGUAUAUGUGCCAGUCUAGCACUGGAAAAACGUCAGCCUACCCACUGCCGCAGACCAGACUGUAUGUUUGGGUGUACUUGCCUGAAGAGAAAAGUACUGGUGGUGAAGGGGGGGUCAAAACACAAGAAAAUACUAAAAAAGGCUGUGCGAGGAAAUCUUGUGUUGUAUGGAUCACAAGAAGAACAGCAAGAAGAUGAAGAUGUAGAAGAAGAGGGUGUUGGAGAAGAAGAUGAGAUGAAGCAGAAAGACAAGAGGAAAAGAAAAAAGGUGGAAUACACUAUCUGUGACGCAGAGCCAGAAAAGCCUCUUAGGAAUUGUCCAUUGUGGGUAAAAGUAGAAGGUGAAAUAGAUCCAGAACCUAUUUACAUUCCAACACCAUCUGUUAUUGAACCAGUUAAAUCUACAGUCCUGCCUAACCCAGAAGUUGUGCUUCCUAGCAAGCAUCGAUCUUCCAGUGGAGUGAAAACAGGCAGAGUGUAUACUCCUAAACCCAACCCCGUGAUUCGAGAAGAGGACAAGGAUCCUGUCUACCUGUAUUUUGAAAGUAUGAUGACUUGUGCACGGGUUCGAGUAUACGAGCCUGGGAAGGAGGAAAAAAAGCAGCAGAAGGAUCAAAAGGAUUCACAGAGUUCUUUUGUAAAGAUGUAUGAACAAGGACUUCCAGCUUCGAAGAAGGAAACUUCUAAGAAAGAAUUACCUAAAAAAGAGUCUUCUAAGAAAGAAUCUUGUAAGAAGGAAACCAGUGAGAUAAACAAAGACCCUGAAAAAUGUGGAGAGAAAAGUUCGUGGUCUUCCCAUAGUGAGGGGGACUCUUCCUCCGCCUCCUGUGUUCAUCCCACCACUCCAUGUGCACCAUCCAAACUUAUCGAGAUUAUGUCUGACUGCAACUGGAAUGAAGAUUGCGAUAAGAUCUUGACCAUCUUAUCAAAGCACAUCAACAGUAACAUGCCACAGAGCCUCAAAGUUGGUAGCCUCAUUAUUGAAUUGGAUUCGGAACACAAAGCUCAGGAUGCAGACAACCCUCCUGUGAACUCCUCCAGAGUGAAAAUUUCAGUGCCAUCCAACCAGGACAGUGAUGAGAAGCCUGAGUCACCAGACUUGGAGACUCCCGAUAGUGGAGUGCCAUCAUGUGAUAAAGCAGAAAAUGUAAAGUCCUUUCAGGCUUACACAUUGGACAAGCUACGGGAGAAGUUGCAUGGGGGCAAAGGCUUGCCUUUUUAUGCAGGAAUUUCUCCUGCAGGAAAGCUGGUUGUCAACAAACGCAAAGCUAAUAUGAGCCACUCAGGCUUGAUUCAGGUUAAUGAUAAAAGGUAUCCUCAGGCCAAACUGCUUUUGGGACAGAUGGGGGCAUUACAUCCCGCCAGUCGGCUAGCUGCUUAUGCCACAGGCAGGCUGCGACCCACAGUACUUGAUAAGUCAACCCUCAGUACUGUGAUCUCCAAGGUAGCAUCCAAUGCUUCUGGGACACCAUCAGUCCAGGUGCCCACAACAUCAGCUCCCAAAACUACAUCUUCCACCAGCACUACUUCAGACCCCAGUGUGAAGACUCUGAAUGCUCUUUUCCCACCACUGAGACAGAUAGGUGGCUGCAUUUCAUUGAUGGUUGAAGCAAUCGUUGCAUAUAUACUUAAGUUGGGCUUGCGCAGUGAUCUCUGUGCUGUUGUACUAUGUAUCUGGGUCCUGUUCUUCACCUCUGUUCGACACUGCCCUGGCGGUGUGUUCACAAAGUUUGUGAUGAACAAAGUUGGAGCUCUGCAGCAGAAGAUUCCUUCAGUGAGCACAUGCCAGCCUGUGUCAGGGCCACAGAAGUUCAGUGUCAAUACUACACCAAUCAUGGUUGUCACUCCUGUGGUUCCCUCAAGUCUGGCUCCAGCUCAGUGCACUGUCUCUCCUGGGGUCACUACAGCCACCACCACUUUUCCUGUUACUGUAGAAAGUACCAGUGUGGCACCAUCUACUGUGUCUGCUCCUAGCCAAGCAAGAGCUAAUGAAACUGUAUCCUCUCCUCCUGCAAUUACAGUCACAGGUGCUUCUGCAACACCUGGAAUCAACACUUGCACCACUUCCUCAGCUGCCACUCCUACUGCCACUGUGAACAUAACAAAAGCAACUGUGAUUGCUGCUCCAGUACCAACUCUGUCACUCCCUACUGUAGUAACAGCACCAACAAUUACUUGUCCUGUUGUCACGACAUCCCCUUCUACAGUUGUACUAACAACUGCAGUGGCUACAUCUGUGGUAACCACACCAGCUUCCUCUGUCAGCUCCGUUCCAAUUAUAUUAUCAGGAGUGAAGUCAGCUCCUUCAAUAGCUCCAAAAAGAGAAGAUGCUACUCCACAAACACAAGCUCUAAAUAAGACGCCUCCAAAGAUAACUCCUGGAACAGAGAAACGUGUAGGACCGCGACUGUUGUUGAUUCCAGUGCCUCAGACAUCCCCUGCUUUGCGACCGUUAAACAAUGUGCAGGUUCCUCAGAAACAGAGGAUGAUUCUUCAGCCCCUCAGGAGCCCUGGUGGGGUGAACCUGUUCAGGCAUCCUAAUGGACAGAUAAUUCAGCUUGUCCCACUGCAGCAUUUUCGAGCUCCAGGUGCCCAGCCCAGUGCCCAGCCUAACAUGCAGCAGCCGGUGAUGUUCCGCAAUCCAGGAUCUAUUGUAGGAAUUCGGUUGCCUACACCUUCCAAGCCUCCUGAGCCACCUGUUUCUCUUGCUUCCUCUGCGUCUUCCUCUUCUCCUGUCAAAAAUUCAACUGCACAAACUGCAGGACCCAAGUCAUCCUCUACGACCACUCCAGCUACUCAUGCAUCUUCUGCUCCUCCUCCAGUAACAAGUUACGUGUCACAAGCAGGCACUCUGACUCUAAAGAUCUCAACUCCUGCUGCUAGUAAUGUGACAAAUCUAACCACCGCUGAAUCAAAAAUAACUGGCAACUCAGGUGUUCUACCAGCUUCAAAUGCUAAUGUCGUACCUUUACAAUCUGGUAGUUUUGCUUUACUUCAGCUCCCAGGACAGAAGACUGUACCAAACUCCAUUCUUCACCAUUUUGCAUCUCUUCAGAUGAAGAAGGACUCCAAGAAAGUAAGCCAGAAAGAUGACUCGGGUGCUGCUCAGCAAACAGAAACAGGGAAGGAUUUGCACUCAGAGGAGACUGCAGUUGCAGAGACUGAGGUCACGGUGUCAGUUGGCAAACAAGAAGAAACGGAGGUGUCAGUAAACCAGUCAAAUAAUGUUGAAGAGUCAGUGUCUGGGACAGUCACACCCGUUAAAAGUUCCACUGCUUUAGAGGCAUUUGAGAAGGAUACAAAGGUGCUUGAGGGUUCUGGUGGUGAUGGCCCCUGUCUUCAGAAUGAUGUUUCCACGGAUGUUAUAUCAUGUGACCAUUCAUACAUCAGCGAAAAGCCGAGUGAUGAGGAAAAUGAAGCAAUCACAGAGGUGAAAGAGAAUUGUGUCUCUUCUGAAAAUGUAGGGGCUGUUUCAACUGUCUCUGAAACAGUUUGUGAAUCAUUAGAUCAUUCUCUAGUUGCUCCUGUGAAUGAUGCACAUGCUCAGAGUCUUAAGGAUCAAGAGACUGCACGGUUGAAGAACCAUGAAAAAGAACAAAUACAUACUGAAAGGGAAGAUAAACCAGUUAAAGAGCAGGAAGGUGAAGUGCAGACACAUAUGAAAGAGAGUAACAAAGAAAGUUCUGGGCAGUCCCAGAGACAGCAAGAGCAAGAUACGCAGCUGGAGAACAAAGACAGACAGACAGGAGCUGAAGUGUCUCAGAACAAAAAAGAAUUCCAGGAUGGUCUUGUGCAGCCAGAAGUGGAAAAAAGGGAGUGCAGGGACUCUGCAGAAGCGGAAAGCUUGAGAGAGAAAAAACCAAACAAGUCUGAAAUAAGUUCUGCAGAAGAGCAACAUAAUGCUUUGGGAGAUAAGCAGGUGGUAAGUACUGAGGAAGGCAAAACCAACAUAGCCACGCAGGAAGGCAUUAAAAACGAAGAAGAAGGUGCUGUUGAUUCUCAGGAGGAAAUCAAAACAGUUGAAGAUACUGUAAUACAUGCUAACAGUUCUUGGAGCAAAAUAUCCAGCAUUGCUCCUGUUUCAGAAAACAGAAGUGAAGCAGAUAAGAAAGCUGACAGAUCUGAGAGAGGAGACUUCAUGAUACCUGAGCAGAAGGCACAGGAACCCAAGCAUCACAAAAAGAGUUCUACGCCCACUACUGAUACAACUGGUUAUAUGGAAGAGGAAGAAGAAGAUGAUGAUGAUGAUGAAGAUGAAAAAACUGAUGAUUCUGCUGAUGAGAUACUGGAUGGCGCUUUUGAUUUCUCAAGUGAAGAGGAAAUAGAUGUUGAAAAAGUGUUCCAGGAUGCGUGUGAAUACAGUGAGGAUGACGAGCAGGUGGACAUUGAGACCGUGGAGGAGCUUUCAGAGAAGAUUAACAUUGCCCGUCUGAAGGCCACAGCUGCUAAUAUCCGACCUUCCAAAGAGAAAUACCAUGCUCGUAAUGCUUCGGAUGAAAAAUUAUCAGAAAAUCCUAUGAAGUGGAAUCGUCGAAUCUGGAGCAGAAGGCCGAAGUCCCAGGUAGAUAUUUUUGCAUACUACCGCCAGACACACACAGCAAAUGAGCGCCGACGACGUAAUGAAAUGAGAGAUCUCUUUGAAAAACUGAAGAGAGCUCUGGGGUUGCAGAGUCUUCCCAAAGUGUCUAAAUGCUACAUUCUCAAGCAAGCCUUCGAUGAAAUCCAGGGAUUGACUGAUCAUGCAGAUAAGCUUACUGGACUGAAGAACUUAUUGGCACGCAAACAGGAUACUUUGAUUCGGAAAGUUUCCAUACUUUCAGGGAAGACAGAAGAGGUUGUCCUAAAGAAGCUAGAAUAUAUGUAUGCCAAACAAAAAGCUGGAGAAGCACAAAAAAAGAAGAAGAGUGUUCAGCCAGCAGAAUCUGAUACUGUUGUAACCUCACCUGCUAGCACGCGUCAAGAAGCAUCUUCUUCUGCUCUACCCAGAGAUCCGAGCAAAGUGCCUAUGACAAAUAGGAGAGGCAAGCCAUUGAUACUUGCCAGAAAAGGAAGCCAUGCCACAGAGAACACCUCAUCCUCUCUGACACUAACUGCUGCAAGCCUAGUGAUGACUCCCCAGGGGCAGGUGCUCACGCUGAAGAGCCCACUGGUACCUGGGCAGGUAGCAGCUGUGCCCUCCACGCUCCUGCAGGCUGAAUUAAAGCCUCAAGCUGCCAGCAAUACCAUGACAGCACAGCCAGGUAUUGCUUCUGUGAUGAUUCAGCUGCCAGGAUCAGCGGUUCCUGUCCAAGUAAAAGGAAUCCUUACUAACUCUGCCAUUCCCAUUACACUAUCAACUGUUGCUGGAAACCCAGUGCCCUCAGCAGUAGUACCAGCCCCAGAGUCCCAUUCAGAAAGUGAAGAUUCGUUCAUGAUGCCAAAGAUUGUUAAUGUAACAUCAUUGGCUGCUGAAGAAAACCUGAGUCUAAACCCAAACCGAAACAAAAGUUGUAACGUGCCAGCUGCAAGUACUCAGGCUUCUGAGAAAUCUUUGGUAACGCCUCUGGAAAGUAGGAAGAGUGACAGCAUCCUCUUAGAAGAAAAGACCAAAGCGUGUCCUGGAGGCAGUGACAGUGAGGGAAGGAGUGCCACAGGGUCCGUGAAAGAUUUCUUUGAAAAUAAGGAUGGUUUUCCACAGCUCCAGAGUGUAUCGUGUGCAAAGGAACCUCCAGAGCCUUUUGGCAAAAAGCUCUGCGUUGGUGAGCUGGUAGGAAGCCAAACCAGGAAGAAGGAUGGUGAUCACGGAGGAGAAAGAUUGAAAAUGAAAGAACUGCCAUUUCGUAAGCUGCAGAUCAAAGAUUCGAGGAUAGAAAUGGAACUGAGGAAAGUAGCUUCCGCAAUGGAGGAAGCAGAGAUGGAUGCAGGUGAGUUAUUGAGCAGCAUUGAGGAGAGUGAUGACACUGAUGAGACCCUCACUUCACUGCUCAAUGAGAUUGCUUUUCUCAAUCAGCAACUGAAUGAUGACGCUUCAGGUAUGUCAGAGCUGCCCAGCGCUCUGAGCUCAGAUUUCUCCCAUGGAGACGCAGAAGUUCGCCAGGGAACAGCCAGAGAUCUGACCACUGCAGAUGGUUCUUCCUUCCAGUUCGGCCAUCUGGGAGGCGCUUUUAAAGACCUUUCUGAGGUUCCAGAGGCUGGUGGCUCUUUAAGCCCUCUCUUGCUGCACCUGGAAGACGAUGACCUUACUGAGGGGGACAAGAACUCUGCGGAGCCUUCAUCUGAAGCAGAUGUUCUGAAAAUAGUAAUAGGUGCUGAAAUGAAGGAUGCGCUUCCCAACCUGUCCGUAACCAGUGGUGGGAAUGGCAAAACUGUAACAAACUUGGCAGAGAGCACUGGUGUGACUCCACCCAUUUUACAGAUGAAAACUAAUCCCGAGGCCAGUAAUGCUGACGCUUUGUGGAGGCCCAUGCCCAAGCUGGCGCCACUUGGCCUAAAAGCGGCAAGUCUGCCAGUGGACUCAGAAGGGCAGAGUGCUAAAGUGAUGCCCUUGCUGGCACCUAUAGUUGCAAAACUGGCACCCGCUGGGGUAAAAACUUCAUCUGUAACCGCUCAAGAAGGACAGGAUAACAAAGUAAUGCCUGCAUUAGCUCCUGUGCGUACAAAAUUUAGUAAUUCUGGGACCCUACCUUCAAAUUCAGUUGGCAAAUAAGUGUGCGUAUAUUUUGUCAGAGAGUGGAAUGGAGAUCUGGAGCAGUGUGAACCAAUGGCUGCAUUUGGCAACAUCCCUUGUCUGCAUCACUUUGUUUUCUGUAUGGCAUCAGCACUAUUCAUCUGAGGGCAGGCCCCGUACUGAGAAAUAAGUGCUAUGAAACUAAAGCAUGCUGAUGUAUUUUUACCUCAUUGUUGUAUUCUGGGAGUUCUCAUUCCCCUUCACAAAAUAUGGAAGAUGAUCUGUAAACCAUUGCUGGGCAUGUGGUAUCCUUCCAAAAUAGGAUCUUCAAGGAAAUAGUUUAUAAGAGGACUGAGAAAUGUAGGCUGUUGACAGAUUUUUUUUUUUCCCUAGUAGACAGGCAGCUGUUUGUUGUUGAGUUAAAAAUCAGGUGUAUUUGGUUUUGUACCAGGCAAACUAUCUAUGCAGAAAUGGAAUUGUUCACAUUUAUUGUAUCCAGUGUUUUGCAGAAUACAAUGCAUGUGAAGAAAUGAGAUUGCUAUUACUCUCAGAUUUGUUACCUAGAGCAGAGGAAGGGAAACUGCAGAUUGUGUGGAGGGCUGAAGUGAAGCGUUUCAGUUCCUUGGUGCUAGUGCUCUGGCAGAGACUCCUUUUAGUAGCUUAUGCACAGAACUCCUAGUACAUGGGAAAGAUAUUUCCCACUGUGAUUAGAACUAGAACAGUAGGUAAGCUCUUAAAAAAAAAAAAAAAGAAGAAGAAGAAAAAUUGGGAACCCACAGUUUGACCUCAUGCCCCUGUCCAAGUAACUCUGCGUUGGAUGGUUGGGCAUUUGCAAGUGAAGAUUUCAGAGAGUAGAGAAGAAUUUGGGUACCUCUUGGCUCCAUCUCUGAAUACAGCGCUGAAGUAGCUGGAGCAUUUUCCCAGUUCUCUUCUUCGUUCGUCCUGCCAUUCUUCAAGAUGCGUUUGGUGGCCAGAUGUGUUAAUAGGAAGUGUUUCUUUGUGAAAUACAGAACACUUUUGGGGCUGUUGGAGCCCAAAAUAAAGGAGUGAGGUGUAUAUGUGAAUGUAUAUAUGAAAAUAUGUGUAUAGCUUUUCAAACCUUACAUUUCUUCAUGAAUUCAGGAAAGGUACUCAGAGGUUUCUCACUGCGUUUGCACAAGAUGUGUAUAGGAAAAAAGAAAAAAAAAGCCAACAAAAAUGCUCAUUACCAGGGAAAUAGGGCAGUAUUGAAUCACAAGAUGUAUUUUUUAUUCUUCUCUGCCACUGCUUACUCAAUAACUUGUAGGUGCUCUUCACCGUCCCUCUGUUGGAGGUGAAGGGCCUGCAGACUGUAAAGAUAUUUAUAUUUUUGUACGCAGUUUUUGUUUUCAUAGUUUUCUUGAAAAAUGAAAUUUUCAGCCUAGGAGAGAUGAUUUGUUAAUGAGUGCAUACACAGUCUUUUCCUAUCAGGUUUGUAAUCGGGAGUUAUGGUGCGCUUGAGGGGCUUCUGAACUGCUCCUGGAAGGCAGAAAGCAUGGCUGUGAUAACAAUCCAGUUUGGAAAAUAGGUGGUGCAUUUUGCUUUACGUUUAGGAAUGUAAUCCCCUGAACUCGCUGUUCCGGCGGCAGCAGCUGGGAUUUCUCCCCCCUCAUCCCAGGUUCCCAGUCUUUUGUGUGGCACUGCAGGAGGGAUCUCAUCUUCCCGCACUGAGGUUGUGUGGUGCUGAGUGAUGAUGUUCUUCCACAGUUAGAGAGCAGCGUUUGCUCUGCGUGCUGUGCAACCGUUUGGGGUAAGCCGCAACUUCUGGAGCUGUGUCUGCUUGGGCCCCCUAGGGGAUGUGUGUAUCUUGGGUGUUUCCUGGUCUUUUUUUUAAUCAUUUUUCUAUUAUGCUGUGAAGGAGAGGAGCCCUUAGAGCGAGGUAUGCAAGCAAGUUACUUCAGAGCCUGUGUGAGUAAGGUGUCUUCACCUUGCCACUCUAAGUGGUGAUGUGUUAUAAGGCAGUUGCAUGUAUCUCAUUGCCAUCUGCUUAUUUACUAUUUAAAUGGUUGAUAACAGCGUUAUAUUAAUUCUUUAGAAGAGAGAAUAUAUGACAGCCUGAGAGCCACAAGGAGUCUGACAGCUGUAAAAUUCCUUCUCUAAGGGGAUUUAUGUGUGAAUACACAUACUCUGCUCACUGCUAAGGGUUUUAAACCUCGUUUUAAGUCAGUGGAAGUCUGGAGUAACUUUGUGAGUUCGGUAGCGUUACACCAGACAUAAAAUGAUUUACCUGGGCAUCUGGUUCUGAGCAUUUCUAAUAGGCUCCAGAUGUUUUUUUAAUAACCUGUGGCAGUUCACUUUGCCAAGUGCUUUUAUGCCCCCCUGUGCAUGAAACGGCAACCAGAACUGCGGUGAUUCCUUUCAAAUCUGCAGUCGCUGACUUCUGAUGUGUAACUACGGGAUUGUGUUGUCUGAGUGCUUUUAAAAAGCUUUGUGCUUUGCACGCUUCUUUCUGUAAGACAAAGGAAGCGGCAGCUUUGAAGCCACGCAAGGGUUAUCUGAAAUCAGUGUUCUGCUUUGGCAGAUGUUUUGUUCAGUAUCAAGGUGACGGGAAAUGCUUGGAAAAAAUGUGGGUUGCUGAGCAUAGUACGUCAGGUAGGAGCACAGCCCAGAUUUAGCUGCAGAAGGUGGUUGGUGCAGCACCGGGCAACAAAGCGUGUUUGAAAUGCUCUCUGUUCUUGCUUUUCCUUGUCCCACCAUCUCCUGACCGUGGUGAAUAUUACGCUAUGAAUUUAAAUGCUGCUCCCCCUCAUACCCCACCCUGGUUUUUGGAUUUUUUUUCUUCCUCAAAUUCCCAUUUGUUUGGCACAAAGCUUUUAAAAUGCUGUAUGCUGUCUGUAGAGGCAAUAAUGCAAGAAUGUGACAUGACAUGGGAAGGUUUUAGAGUCAGGAGAAGGAAAGCCCUGCAAGGUGCACAUCCUCACUAGACCAAGAGACCUGGAGAUUUUGUUUUUUACACACCUGUAAAUAGACUGGAAUGUUUUUAAGAAUAUAAUGAAAUGUCAGAUUUAGCUUUUUUUCCUUUUAUAUAUUAAAAUAUAUCUUUCCCUCUUUUCUGCUUUUGAAAAAUUGAUAUUUUUGUAGAAAACUAACAGUGCAGGACUAUGGAAUAACUGUAUGUGAGGGACAAAAUGUAAAACUAAAAUAAACCAAUCAAGCUGAACUAGAAA